CUCGACAAAUAAAAGCUAAUGAGAAAGCUGACACCGGUUCUAUAAAUACCAUAUGGAAUACAAAGAAAUGCAGACGAUCGACCAAACCUUCAAGUCCUUAUACUUGAUUUUCCUUGAUUUGAUAAAAUGGGUUCAAUCUCAUCCCAAAAGCCUCAACCUCAUGCAAUUCUUGUCCCAUACCCUGCACAAGGGCAUGUGAAUCCCUUAAUGCAGCUUGGCAAGCUCUUGCACUCACGAGGCUUUUACAUCACUUUUGUGAACACUGAGCAUAAUCAUAGACGCUUAAUUCGCAGCAGAGGUCAGGAAUUCAUUGACGGCCUUCCAGAUUUCAAGUUUGAAGCUAUCCCAGAUGGCUUGCCAUAUACUGAUCGUGACGCCACCCAACAUGUCCCAUCACUCAGUGAUUCAACCCGAAAGCAUUGCUUGGCUCCUUUCAUUGAGCUAAUUGCCAAGCUAAAAGAAACCCCUGAUGUGCCUCCAAUUACUUGCAUAAUCUCAGAUGGAGUGAUGGCCUUUGCCGUUGAUGCUGCUCAGCAUUUUGGCAUACCAGAGAUCCAAUUUCAGACCACCUCAGCUUCAGGCUUCAUGGCUUAUCUCCAUCAUUUUGAGCUCGUCAGAAGAGGCAUCGUCCCAUUCAAAGAUGAAAGUUUCUUGCAUGAUGGCACUCUUGAUCAAACAAUUGAUUGGCUUCCUGGAAUGCCUACUCUGAAACUGAGGGACAUGCCUAGCUUUAUCAGAGUCACUGAUGUGAAAGACAUAAUGUUCGAUUUUAUGGCAGUAGAAUCACACAAGACUUUGAAAGCUGAUGCAAUUAUUUUCAACACAUUCGAUGAGUUUGAACAAGAAGUGCUAGAUGCCAUUAAAGCCAGAUUUCAUUCCAAGAUUUAUACCAUAGGCCCCUUUACCUUGCUUGAGAAGGGCAUACCAGAGGGCAGGUCCAAGGCAUUUAGAUCCAGCUUGUGGAAAGAGGAUUUAAGCUGUCUAGAGUGGCUUGACAAAAGGGAGCCAGACUCAGUUGUGUAUGUAAACUAUGGCUGUGUUACUACAAUAACAGACAAACAGCUGAAUGAAUUUGCCUGGGGUCUGGCACAUAGCAAGCAUCCAUUUUUAUGGAUUGUUAGGCCUGAUGUUGUGAUGGGUGAAUCUGCAGUGUUGCCUGAGGAGUUUUACGAGGAAGUAAAGGACAGAGGAUUGCUGGUAAGUUGGGUACCGCAAGAUCGUGUUCUUCAACACCCAUCAGUCGGUGUUUUCCUCUCACAUUGUGGAUGGAAUUCAACCAUGGAAUGUGUUUCUGGUGGUAAGCCUAUGAUCUGCUGGCCUUUCUUUGCCGAGCAACAAACAAAUUGCAAAUACGCAUGCGAUGUGUGGAAGACUGGGAUGCAGCUUAGUACUGAUUUAAGUAGAGACGAACUUGUGAGUGUCAUCAAGGAAAUGAUGGAAACAGAGAGAGGAAGAGAAAUGAGGAGAAGGGCUGUGGAAUGGAGAGAGAAAGCAGAAGCUGCUACCAGUGUUGGAGGAGUAUCUUAUAGCAACUUUGAUAGAUUCAUUAAGGAGGUCAUCCUUAAAGAGGAUACUGAGUAAUCACAUGUGGAACCUUUGUGACCUUCUUAAGAUAAUAAGAUAUAAUAAGAAAUUUGCAUUGCUCGUUCCUGCGUGAGAAAUAUUAAAAAAAAAAAAUCCAAAAAUGACUAUUGUUUAAUUAUAUAGUAAUUGUUUCAAUUAAUUCCAAUAGAUAUGUUCUUGCAGUGUAGUUAUGUAAGAGUGGAAGACACUUCCAGUGUGACUUGUGAGUGCUCCACUCGAUUAUGUGCAUGAGUUUGUAUCUUGCUAAUUAAUAAAAUUUUAGUUUCUGCUUAUAUAA